UCUGUCCCAGGUGCAGCUCCAGCCCCAGACAUGUCCUGCUACACCCCGUGCCGGCCCUGCCAGCCCUGCGGCCCGACCCCGCUGGCCAACAGCUGCAAUGAGCCCUGUGUCAGGCAGUGCCAGGACUCCAUCGUGACCAUCCAGCCCUCCCCUGUGGUGGUGACCCUGCCCGGGCCCAUCCUCAGCUCCUUCCCACAGAACACCGCCGUGGGAUCCUCCACCUCCGCUGCCGUUGGCAGCAUCCUCAGCUCUCAGGGAGUGCCCAUCAACUCCGGGGGCUUUGGCCUCUCUGGCCUUGGUGGUGGCCACUGUGGCAGGAGCUGCUUCCCCUGCUAAAGCUGCUGCCCCUGGCCCUAGGGAAGGCCCUCGAGGACUC